AGCUUCAGUCUCUCAACUUCCUUGACAAGUUCCCAACACUGUACAGACAUGUCCCCAAAGCAAGUUAUUUUCCUCACUGGCGCAACAGGUUACAUAGGUGGAUCCGUCCUUUGGCGCCUUCUCAACCACAAGGACGCGAAGAACUUCGAUAUCAAGGUGCUUGUUCGUGAUCCUGCGAAGGCAAAACUUCUUCAAGAAAAGUUCGGUCUGGAAGCAGUUGUUGGCAGCCACUCGGAUUCAGACAAAGUGGAGUCACUCGCGCAACAGGCGGACUAUGUCAUCGCUACGGCGGAUUCAGACAACCUCGGAGCUGCAAAAGCUACUCUUCGUGGGAUGAAGAAGUAUUGUGACAAGAAUGGGAAAGUUCCAAUCUAUAUCCACACUUCCGGGACGGGAGUUCUUACCGACAACGCAGCUGGAAUGUAUGCAACUGAGAGGAUAUACGAUGACUCCAAAGUCGAGGAUAUCGAGUCUCUCGAUCCGAAGACACAAAUACACCGUGAGAUCGACAUAGAAGUCGUUUCCACUGAUCAAGCAGGUUAUGUCAGGACCUACAUCAUUCUCCCGUCCGAAAUCUAUGGCAUAGCGAAGAACGGCCUUACAGAGGCGGGCAUUCAAAAUCCACACUCCAUUCAGGCUCCUGCACUGAUUCGUGCAAGUAUCGACCGCGGUCAGGGAGGCAUGGUUGGCCUGGGCAAAAAUAAAUGGCCUGACGUGCACAUUGAUGACGUUGCCGACUUGUAUAUCGUCCUAUUCGAUAAGAUUCGCACGGACGUAAACAGUGUCCCUCAUGGCCGCGAGGGCUUCUACUUCGGUGCUUCAGGCGAACAUGAUUUGUACGACGUUGGCAAGGCAAUCGCGCAGGCACUUGUUGAACUUGGACUAGGCAAGAGCUCUGAGCCUACAACGUUCACUAAGGAAGAAAUUGACAAGUAUUUCGGUGGCUCUGCUCAUUUGGGGUCAAACUCACGUUGUGUUCCCAACCGCUCGCUUACACUUGGUUGGAAACCCACACAUACAACGAAAGAUUUCCUCGCAUUAAUAAAGCCGGAAAUUGAAGCACUCAUAGCUUCAGGUAGACACACACAGGAAGAGAACAAGAAAUUGAUUGAAGCAAUCAUUGCAGCAAAAGGGAACACACAGGAGAGCAAGAAUUUGUAA